GUCUCCGUUCGAUGCUUAUAAUCUCUGCAGUGUUACUGCCUGUCUUUUCCUCUUUUCUCCUCUUCUUUUUCUUCUCGAAUCUCGACCCUUCCCAAUCCCUAUCCCAGCAUCCCUGCAAAGAAAAAAUCCUCCUGCCCUUUAACCUACACCCUCACUCACUCGUAAACAUCCACCAUGAAGUUCAUCUCUGCCCUUGCCGUUGCCGCGACCGCCAUCGCUGUCUCCAGCGCCCAGUCUAUCCAGAUCAGCAAUCCCAUUACCGGAAGCCAGUGGACUGCCGGUAACACAGAGUUCCUCCAGUGGAGUGGCAACUGCGCUAGUAUGGGCAACUCGUCGCACGCUGUGCCCGUCGAGCUCGUCGAUGGUCCUUCGACUGCUGUUCGCUUCGUUGCUGCACUUGGCACCAUUGACUGCUCAGGCAACACCACCAGAGCCAACAUCGCUGUGCCCACCACCGUCAGCUCCGGUGUUUACUCCAUCCGUGUUGUCACCACCCCUCAGACCUCGUACAGCACCACCUUCCAGAUCAACAACCCCACCUCUGCCCCUGCUUCCACCACCGCUGCUCCCCCAGCGGCCACCACCUCCCCAGCGGCUGCCGACAAGCCCAGCUCUGCGUCGUCGCUCCUUGCUGGCUCGCUUUUUGCCUUGACCGGUGCUGCUGCCGCCGCUCUCCAGUUUGCUCUUUAAGCGCAGACAGACUUCAGGCACUCUUCUAUUUGUUUACAACAUCCGACCACCUACAACCCUCUAUUCGAUUUUCAUGAUCUAAUAUAACCUGCUCUCAACAAAAAAGAUAGUAUUGGUUCGCUCUCAUAAAUAUAGACCUGAGAUGCAGCUCUCUGCAAAUUAAAAAAAUAGAGACAUAGGAACAAACUCUUCUUUGUUGUGAAUACCACCUUUCUCUGCAUCAACGCAAUAUAACUGAACGUCCCGGCGGAAGAAGGAAGAAGCGGUUGUUGUCAAUGCCACCAUGGGUUGUUCAUCAUUUUAUACGGGACCAGAUAUCGCCAGAGACCUGUGAAGGAGCUGUCGUAUUAAACGCUGCAUGCAC